AUGCCAACCUUUAAGCACGUCACCCUCAACAUUCACACACCGAAGGAUCCCCCGGUGUCUACCGAAAACUUCUCUUGGGCCAACACUGCCCAUUCUUCCUUGUCAGAGUAUGGGGUGCACCGUCUCCGCAAUACCCCCAAAAUCACCAGUUAUAUCCCCUCCUCGACCAACUCGCCCUUCGCUAUCUCUAUCACGAUUCUUGACAGCUAUGUUCCGAAGAACGAGGGUGAUGACCGGGAGAGUUUGGCGGCGUAUGUCUACUUCGACGGGAGAGAGAAGGAAGAAACCGCCACCCUGCUGCGUCGGGGCGUCGAAACGUGGAUUAGCAGCAGGUGGGUUGAGGUUAAGGAGGGGGAACUCGCAGAGCGGGAGUUUGUGUUCAAAGAGGUUGGGCUGGAGAACUUCCUCAACGGGUUGGAUAUCUCCAAAUCCGAGAAGCAAGCCAAUUCCAAGUCCAAUGGUCGGAAGGCAGUCAACAGGAGGCACAGUAUGCCGGCAAAAAUGAUCGAAGGAGAAGAAGAGGAGGAGGAAGGAACUAAGGAAUCAGCAGGGCAAAUCAGGGUAGAUUUGUUCAGAGUUCGAUGCGAAGGCCCUGUCAGAAGAGGUGUUUGGGGCGGGAUGUUCAAGGACAACAAUAACAGAACUGACAAUGAAGAUUUUGGAGGCGGAGUGGAUGUGAGCCACACUGCGGGAUUAUCGGAACCGAAACCACUUGACAGAGAAACCGUCUCGACACAGAGUGUCAGUCAUUUGGAUCCCGAGGGCGUAGUCUACGCCAGUUUCGUGUUCUUUUACCGCGGAGAGCGUCAACUUAAAAAGAUGGGCUUGAUCAAACCGCCCCCUCCGCUCCCCGUUCUCACGCGUGCCGAAACUAUUGUAACAUCUGCCGCUGAGACCAAGUGGAAGAAGCAAGAUUUCGCAUCUCUCUCCUCUGCCCUCUCUUCGCUCAUCCCCAAGAGUGACGGGUUACUGAAUGGGAAAAAGAAAGGAUUUACAGACUUCCGCGAAGGUGACGCCGAAUGGCACCAGAACGGCCACUCGAAUGGAAGCGGCAAAUUCAUCCCAGGCAUCCAUGACAGGGAUGAUGGUGAACUCCUCAUGGGAGAUGACUUGAGCAGAGACGCCAGGGACGCUAUCAGAGAACGGAUGAAGACCGAGGAGGAAGUUAGGCUUGAGGAGGAACUUGUCGGAAGAGUCGGACGAAUUAAGCUCAAGCGUUCCCAUUCUACAUCUUCACUCCAGGGUGAUGGAUCAAAGUCCAAGGAUGCCACCCCACCCCCGGUAGUUGGGGACGGGAAUUCGAAUAAUUUCGCCACCACCCCAGGAAACAAUCACCUGGCACCCGAAGCGGCUAAUACAGAGGCAGAAACUCCACUUAAAAAGCGCCGUGGAAGUGGUGAUAUUGACGUAAAGAGCCCCAAUCUUGCUGCAAACAAUGCUGCUGCUAUGGGAAGGGGAGUGGGAUUUGGGCACAAUACCCCUCCUAUCACUUCGAUGACAGCGGGUUAUGGGGGUGGGAAAAUGGAAUUUGGGGGGCUACUAUCGAGCGGCAUGGAGAUGGAGGAAGAGAUCCUAUGA